UUUUUCCAGGGGCAUGGAUGAUAACCAGAUAUCAUUGGAGCUGCCAAGUUUUCAAAACGAGUCAAUGGACACUUCAGUGAACAUGGUGGCCUUACCUGUUGAUGAUGAGGAAAGAAUACACUUGGGUAAUGUUUCUGCAGCUGACAUGCAAGACAUACGUAGCAUGGCUGAUGUUGCGGGCCUCAGAGUUGAUAUGUCAGAUGAUAUAUCAGAUGAGCUCUCCAUGGGAUUGUCAAGCUCCAGUUUGCAGGUCACAAGCAUUGAAGGCAAUGAAGACCUGGUGAUGACCAGGAUGAACCUUACCAAUGCUGCAAGUGCAACAAGCAACUCCUUGAACCAUUAUAACCAUAAUGAACUUCUUGCCAACAAUCAUCAUCAAGCUCAGUUUGUCAACUUCAGUUCAACAUCAAACAAUCAUCGAAAGGAAGUUCAUGGAACAAGUAAUGGCUUCAUCAUCAGUGACAACAGCUUGCCUGUCCUGUCAAAGCUCAACUCAGAUUGUGCUCUACCAUUGAACCAAAACAGGGAUUUACUUGCGAUCUGCUCCAGCAGGAAGAAAUAUUGUAAUGAAGCACAAGCCUUGGAUCAUAAAUCAUUUGUGAAGAGUGAAGCUAGAUCCGAACACCCCAUGAUCACACUAGUUGACAGCGAGGAGCUGGAUGCCACACCUGCUCCUCUUGUUCACCAUGUCAGUGAGGAUAUUCAUUCUGAGAAUACCACACAGCAGCCACGAGUGAAUGAUCACUGCUUCUUGUGUGGGGCAAAACUGACGGUGUCUGCAAGAGGAGCUGUUGAUAUCCUCAAUCCCAGUAUGAAGACCUCUCACUGCCUUCAACCAUUGAGCUGCGCACUGUCAGACGCCUUGCAGCUUCGGCCACCUCUGUUACCUGCCUCUCCAUUGCUGCGGGAGACGUCUUUAUUAUGCAAGAAAUGCUUCCGACAACUUGAAGAACACGAUGCCUUACAGGCACAGCUCUCAGCUCUUCAGAAGGUGACUUGUUGUAGUUGCAGCUCGAUGCCUUACAGGCGCAGCUCUCAGCUCUUUGGAAGAAGUCUUGAACUCCACAAAGUUAUUCAUACUGGCGUUAAAAAUUAUUCUUGUAAACUAUGUAAUAAAAUGUUUGCUCGUAAAGGCGAAGUCGAAGACCAUGAGAGAAUACAUACCGGAGAAAAACCUUUUCAGUGUGAAAUUUGCGGAGCAACUUUCAGCCAGAGAAGUAAUUUACAAAGCCACAAGCGUGCAACUCAUCUCAAAGAAAAGAAGCAUCAAUGCCCUGAUUGUGAUAAGGCUUUUAAAAGAAGAAGGUUGUUAGUCUAUCAUCAAAUGAGUGUUCACACAGGUGAACGACCCUACAAAUGUGAAAUUUGUAGUGCUGCAUUUGUUUAUCCAGAACAUUUCAAGAAGCACCUCCGAAUUCACACUGGUGAAAAACCCUUCAAAUGCGAAAUUUGUGGUAAAGCAUUUAACUCGCGGGAUAACCGUAACGCGCACAAGUUCAUUCAUUCAGAACGUAAGCCUUACGAGUGCACCUUAUGUAACACAGGCUUCAUGCGCAAGCCCAUGCUCAUGACGCACCUCUUGCAGCAUGACCAAAAUUUGUCUCAGCCCGAGUCUUGUGUUCGUGUGAACCCUCCAAGUGUGGCUGAUGAACCUUGGUCACAAAAUCAUUCCAUGGCAACCGAUGAGAACGAAUUUUAUGAAAACUCUGAAUCACUCAAAAUUGUCCCUGAAGACCUCGAAGGUGAAGUUCAGCUAGUGAAUAAUGAAGAAGUUGAGGUUGUGUCUAGGCCACUGCAUAUCAUCCAGACCGAUGGCUUGCCGCGCUAUCUCAUCCAGAGCUCAGACCGAAGUUCCUUCCUGGCUUCUAUUCAAGGCCAGGUGCUGGAAGUCCGUCCUGAAGCCUUCCAUGUCAAGUGCGACGGAGUGCACUAUGAGUUGAGUGACAACGCUCCUGAGGCAGAGGAUGUCGAAUCUCCCACAGCAAAUGCUCUCGGCGUCCAGACGAGCACUUUUCAACUCCAGCUUGAUGACGAGGACGAGCUUGACCAAGAUGAACUCAAGUUGCAAAACGUAAGAACCGUUGGCGAGGAAAUUCAAGGUAUAAGUUGCGUGUCCGGUGUUGUAGGGUCUCAACAUGGACACGACAAUAAUUUGUUAUCGUGCGGCACAUCGCAAGAAGACAACAACUCACUGUUGUCUCGGUCGUUCCAGUUCGAUGGGCCCAUCAAAGUUUAUACCACCCAAGGUGUGGUCACAGUUCCAGGAAGCAAGGAGAGGCGUGUUGCGUCAAACAGGACCAUGUGGAACGAAGCUAAUACUGAAUAACGAUGUACAUAUAUAGUAGUAGUUUCUAUUAAAUUAGAAUCGAGUCUCCUAAUUUCCGUUUUGUCAGGUAAUGAAGCCUGCAACUUAAUUCCUGCACAAUUGUUGCACGCCCUAUUUCAGGUCAAUUUGUCUCUAACAUUCAUUUUGUUUGCCAGGAUGAAAUCCUCCCGAAAUCAGGCAUAUCUUCAUUAGCCUUCGUAAGGUUUAUUUUCCACACAAAGUAUUUUUCAUGCAGUCCGUAUAAGAAUAAUAAAUUUUAGUUGACCUGUUAGACAAUGGAAGCAUAAACCUAGCGCGAUGAAGUUUAGACAAAUUCACAUUUCUCGAUAUCAGUGCAGUUAAGCAGAAGUUCUUUAUUUGUGCAGGUUUGAUUGAAGACCAGAGCAUGCAUUUUAUUAACAUUUUUAUUUUCAAUGAGCCGAACAAAAUUACUGGCGUUGAGAGAUCGAAAAACUGGUAACCAAACAUUUUACCGGAAUACGGCGUUUCGAACAUUCAGUAUUCAUUCUCAAGUAGGUGAAGAGUUAUACAACACUUGAAAUUUGGAAAUGACCCUAAUACAUUCAAAAGGUAUCGCAUAUGAGGUCCGAAAUCAAAACUUAGAAUUAUUACGAGAAUAAGUUCAAUGACGAGUCCGGUGGUUUGCAAAUUGAUAACUGGAGACUCAUCCUUGAUGAUAAGAGCCUCUGCUUGUAGUAUCAGGGCACCCCAUGAUGAUGCUGGUGCAGGCCACCAAAGUCGCGCGAGUGAUGGUUUCGUUGUGAACCUCCUGCAUUUUACAUGGGUAUUUUUUCAUGAUUAAAUUAUUAAUUUUCUUGUUUUUGCAGUAAAUUAGGAGUCGUACUUGGUCAGUUACUGUUGUGCAGGUGAUCUUAUUUUGCACAAUUAAAUUAAGGACUCUUUCAUCUGUCCAUUAACCGAUGUUAAUCUGGUUUUGACAGUAAAUUCAGGCGACGCAGGCUUUUGAUGUAGAUUUGGUUUGGACGUGCUCGGAAAUUUGAUUUUCAGUGUCAAUAGUUUUGUUCGCAUAACCGUUGUUGACAAGAAUUUGCUUGUAGGUCCGAAGUUCAGUUUUAAAGUCACGAGCGGUUGUAAAAGUUUUGAACGCUCGAUGUACGAGGGCGCAUAUAUAUGGUGCUGAUUUUGUAGCGCUAGAGACAUACUUUAUUUGUUCAGGACCUUUCCGAUGUCUGUAGCUUUCCGAUAAACUUUGGUGAACGAAUUAUUAUCAUCUUGCAUCAGUAUGUCCAGGAAAUGUAACGUGUGACUUUGUACGAAUUCGUACGUGAACGUCACAACAGAUUUGAGUUCCAAAUCCACGCGCAGCUCCAUCAUGUGAUCGUCUCGAACGAUGACGAAGAGGUCGUCAACAUGGACAGUAAAGGUCGGGUUUAAUCUGUGUAUCUAACAACACUCGGUUUUCAAGUUCGCACAUGUAGAAUUCGGCGAAUGUUGGACCAAGAGGACUACCUAUGGCUACCGUUAAUUUGCUGUUAUAUUUUGUUGUGUGGUGUCCGGAGAGGCAGUUCUUAAGUACAGACCCAGAGAUCAAGUGGAAUAUUUUGAUGGAUUGCUUUUGCCGGCAAAGUUUCACUAGAGUAGACAUGUUUGACUAUUAUUUCUAAAGUUUGUUCGGUUGGGACGUUGGUGAAUAAGCUAUUGAAGUCAGGUGAAGCGAGCAGACAAGUUGGGCACCGAUUGCGAGGUAUCUCCAAGAAAUCGCCUCUAGAUCUAAGCGAAAAUUUCUUCAGGAUAUACGGUUUUGUUAUAGCAUCCAAUUCUUGGCCUGUCUUGGAGAUUGGAGAGCUAGCGUGAGCAAUUAACCAAUUAUGGACCGGAGGAGAUUGUUCCUGUUUGUAAUUUUUAACAUUUCCGUAGGGAUAACUUGGCGAACAACUCCCGACAAUCGAGGUUAGUUUUCUUGCGCCGGCCGUAUUUAUUAAUUUGUUGGCUCUUGUUAGAAGUUGUUCUGUAAUAUUUCACUUAUUCCUGAAAUAUAGUCAAUUUUGUCCAAGAUGACGAAGAUGUUACAGCUUUCCUUAUUACAAUUUUGUCGCUAUCUCUUACUUGCUUUGCUGCUAGGCGUAGAACUGGGGUUAAGACAGUGGAGGUCUAUGAUGGAGCUGUAUUUAUUUUCUAUGUAUUUAUCAUAUAUUUCUCGAUAUAUGCCUAAUCUCUUCAUCAAAUAUUUACAAUUUUUAUCUUUAUUACCUAUACAGAUGAUUAUUCAAUCAAUUAGGUUCCAGACUGUUUCUUCGUUCACGCGAUCGUUGGCGAGGUAUCCCACCUUGUCACUGCAGGCUCCUACCCCAACAAAUUUCUAAUUUCCGUGAUCUUCGUAGAUCAAAUGGUUUUAGCCAUAUUUUGUUAGCAAUUCUUUUUGUAUAAUGUAUAUAUAUUCCCUUAGCCGCCUACACCGCACUUGAUUUAGCGGUGUCUACCCCUGCCUUAACAUUAAUGUUGACACGCUAAGUGAACUUAGUCGUCUGUAUUAUGUUGCGCUCUAAUGCAUAUGGCUGUCAAGUACAAAUUUAAAGGUUUUUUACACAUUACUGUUAACUUGAAUGUGCAGACACUAUGAUAAAAUAAUAUAAAACAUUUAUUGUAUGAUAAUUAUAUAAAUUAUAGGACAUAGUUAUGUGUAUUACUAUUUUUUUCCGAUUGCCUUGCUGCAACUAACGUUUCAUUAAAACUUAAAUCGCUUCGACAUCCACGCUGUUUCAUUCCAGCUACGAUUUAAGGUCUUUGGCCCUGUAUGUCUCAUUUGAAUAGACUUUUUCAGUCAUUACCCUAGGCUAAAUGAUAGAUUAUCGUACUGUGGAAAUGAAUAUACAUAUAU